GAAAGUGAAAGUUUGUCUGAGCGUCAGCAGGCCUGCAGUCAAGUCGAGUUUCUUUGUUUCUCUCUGAAAGAAAACUUCAACUGAAUCCAACAAAAAAGCAGAAUCUCUGCCAAACGCUGUAUGAAGACAUGUCUGCUGCCAGCUGUCUGCUGACUGAAGAUCAGUUUCUGUGCUCCAUCUGUCUGGAUGUCUUCACUGAUCCUGUCACCACACCAUGUGGACACAACUUCUGUAAAACCUGCAUCACUCAGCACUGGAAUACUAAUGUCCAGUGUCAGUGUCCCAACUGCAAAAAGCUUUUCAACACAAGACCUGAGCUGCAGGUCAAUACUUUCAUCUCUGAGAUGGCAGCUCAGUUCAGACAAUCAGCUCAACAGGAAGCCAGCAGCAACUCACAGCAACAAGUUUCCAAACCAGGAGAAGUUCCCUGUGACGUCUGCACUGGAACCAAACUGAAGGCCCUGAAAUCCUGCCUGGUGUGUCUGGUCUCCUACUGUCAGACUCACCUGCAGCCUCACCUGACAGCUUCAGGCCUGAAAAGACAUCAGCUGAUCGACCCUGUGGAGAACCUGGAAGGCAGGAUGUGCACGCAGCACGACAAACUGCUGGAGCUCUUCUGUAAGACCGACCAGAUGUGUGUCUGCAUGAUCUGCACUGUUUCAGAGCACAAGACACAUGAUGUUGUUCCUCUGAAAGAAGGAUAUGAAGGAAAGAAGGCAGAGCUGAGGAAGACAGAGGCUGAACUUCAGCAGAUGAUCCAGAAGAGACGACUGAAGAUUCAGGAGAUCACAAGCUCAGUGGAGCUCAGUAAGGAAGGUGCAGACAGAGAGAUAGCAGGUGGUGUUCAGGUCUUCACCGCUCUGAAGGAGUCUGUUGAGAGAAGCCAGGCUGAGUUCAUGGACACCAUCAGAGAGAAGCAGAGGAAGACAGAGAAACAGGCUGAAGGCCUCAUCAAAGAGCUGGAACAGGAAAUCUCUGAGCUGGAGAAGAGAAGCUCUGAGGUGGAGCAGCUCUCACAGUCUGAAGACCACCUCCACCUCCUCCAAAGCUUCCUGUCAGUGAACGUUGCUCCACCCACCAAGGACUGGACAGACGUCAGAGUCCGUCCACCUUCAUAUGAGGGGACUGCAGUGAGAGCUGUGAGUCAGCUGGAGGAGACGCUCAGUAAACUGAUGAAGAGUCUGUUUGAGGCUGAGCUGAAGAGGGUCCAGCAGUAUGCAGUGGAUGUGACACUCGAUCCUGAUACAGCACAUCCUCGACUCAUCUUGUCUGAAGAUGGAAAACAAGUUAAACAUGGUGAUGUUAAGAAGAAUCUCCCAAACAACCCAGAGAGAUUUGAUUAUUGUGUCUGUGUCUUAGCAAAGCAGAGUUUCCCUUCAGGAAGGUUUUAUUAUGAGGUUCAGGUUAAAGGGAAGACUGGCUGGGAAUUAGGAGUGGCCAGAGAGUCGAUCAACAGGAAGGGACAAAUCAGACUGUGUCCUCGGGAUGGUUACUGGACGAUGUGGUUGAGGAAUAACAGUGAGUAUGUAGCUCUUACUGGCCCUGCAGUCCGUCUCUGUCUGAAGUCUCAGCCUGAGAAGGUGGGGGUGUUUGUGGAUUAUGAGGAGGGUCUGGUCUCCUUUUAUGACGUUGAUGCUGCAGCUCUGAUCUACUCAUUUACUGGCUGCUUCUUCACUGACAAACUCUACCCAUACUUUGGUCCAUUUCUAAAUAAUAAAGGUGAAAACUCUGCCCCUCUGAUCAUCUCUCCUCUCAGUCACACUGAAUAGAACAACCAUUUGAUCUUUCAAAUUACAAUGUUACCACUGACCAUGUUAGAAUAAAAUUGACAUGAAACACAGGUAAACAUUCCAUCGAUCAUGUGAGUCGUUACAUGAUGACUGGUGCGAAUGUUGUCUGUUACGGAACAACAACUCACUAAUGAGUCCACACCUUGGCUCAUAUAACCAUGACGACUCACAUGAUGGCACAAAGUGUCACCGACCCUAAAGACCACCCCCAAGGUGACAACCCCAGAGGUUGAAUACCUGGAACUCCCCAUCAAUCUUCGAACAAAAGAAGUCUUUUGGAUGAGAGGUGAAACAUCUUCAACAACCUAAAGACAUCCAGCUGUCGCUUCUAGCACUUCAACUAUCAUGACCCCCGGAUGACCGAUAACCUACAUCGACACAGGACAACGUAAGACUGUACUUUAACUGUUUCCACUGAUGUGAACAUCAUCACUGCAUACACAUAUAUAUGCAGUAUGUAUAAAUAUAAAAGAGUGAGACCCAACCAGAUACUGGCCCACUGGAUCUGAGCCAAUGCUGGAAACUCAACAAUGAACUCAACACCGAAAAUGUGCAUUUUUUUCUAUUUUCUGCACUGCCACCACCAUACAAAAUGGAAUUUUGCUAUGUUUCGUGUCUACCAAACACUGCCACCACCAUACUUCUGAGGAUGGUGCGUUUGUGGUGAUGUGCAGUGUUUGGUAGACACGAAACAUAGCAAAACUCCAUUUUAAUCUCAUCAGACCAAAGAACCUUCUUCCAGUUCGCAUUGGAGUCUCCCACACACCUUUGGGCAAUAUUUAGUUGAGAUUUAAAAUGAGUUUUCUGCAGCAGUGGUUUUCUCCCCGAAAGCUUUGGGGGAUGAAGAACCCAGGCAACAGUUACUGUAUGCAGAGUCUCUCUCUCUUCAGCUGCUGAAGGUUUAAGCUCCUUCAGACUAGUCACAGGUGUCUUGGUGGCCUCCCUCACCAGUCUCCUUCUUGCACAGUCAAUCAGUUUGUGAGGACAGCCUGCUCUGGACAGAUUCUCAUAUGUGGCGUAUUCCUUCCAUUUUUAAAUGAUGGAUUCAACUGAACUCCAGGGGAUGUUCAGUGACUUGGGCUUUAUUGUAUCCAUCCCCUGACUUAUACUUUUCAAUAAUCUUUUCUCAGAGUUGUUUGGAGUGUACCUUGGUCUGCAUUGUUUAACUGUAGCCAGGAAUACUGAUUAACCAGUGACUGGAUCUUCCAGACACAGAUAUCUUUAUACAAUCACGUGCGACACAUUCACGGUACUCAGGUGAUUUCUAUUUCACUAACUGUGCGAUGACUAACAACAACCUGGCUGGACAUCUGUUGAAUGAGGUCAGUCACAUUAAAAAGGAUUUUAAAAACAUUUGUGCAGUCACUUAUUUUACAUUAUUUAUUUUUAAUGAAUUGGCAUUACUUUGUAG